ACGCUUAACUGACUGAGCCACCCAGGCUCCCCUCAGGUCAGGGCCAGGGCAGCAGCGGCACUGGAAUCAGCAGGCACAGGGCGGGAAAACACAUAUUCUUUAGCUAUGUCUGGAGAGAGGGAUGCAGAUAGAGCCUCCUCCGUUUCUGGCCAGAAGAUCCCUCUGAAGAGGCCGCCCAGUGCAAGCCAGCGCCAAAGCACCGAGGGGGACCGCGAGGCUAUCAGCCUGCAGGUGAAGCUUGAGAUGUUGUGGUGCUUCGAAGCCGGAGGGAAGCGUGGCAGAAUCGGGAAGGUGUUGGGACUGUCCACCUCCACUGUGGCUACCGUUUGUGACAACAAGGAGAAGAUCCAAGCGAGUUCCCAGCGGCCACCAGAUUGACGCGCAGCCGCAGCCUGGAGGUGGAGAGCAUGGAGCGGCUGCUAAGCGUGUGGACCGAGGACCAGAACCAGCGCAACGUGCCCAUCAGUGUCAUCCUCAUCCGGGAGAAGCCUCGCAGCCUGUUUGAGGACCUCAAGUGGGAGCAGGGUGAGGGUCGGGGCUAGUUGAGGGUGGUUCACGUGGUUUAAGGCACGCCACAGCCUGCCUGGCCCUGGGGUGGGUGUCAAGGCUGUGGGCACAACUGUGGCAGCUGUGCCCAAGUACCCCGCCCUUGCGCGGAGAGUGAUCCAGGAGGGCGGGUGCACACCCCGGCUGGUGUUCAGCGUGGAUGAGACCGGACUUUUCUGGAAGCGACUGCCUGCCAGGAUGCUCCUCUCCCUGGAGGAGAAGUCAGCCCUGGGGUGCAAAGCUGCCCGAGAUCUCCUGACGCCGCGGCUUGGCAGUGCGGCUGGUGGCUUCAAGGUGAAGCUGCUGCUGCUGUAUCCCUCGGAGAACCUGCACGCCCUCAAGGGCUGCUCCGGGCCCAACCUGCCCGUGGUGUGGCGUUCACACAAGGAAGCCUGGGUUGCCACGAGCAUCCUCCAGGAGUGGUUUGUGCACUUCUGCCCAGCUGUGGAGAGGGACUGUGCCCGGUACGGCCUCCCGUACAAAGCCCUGCUCAUCCUGGACCGUGCCCCUGGCCACCCUGGGAACCUGGAUGACCUCUCGGACCACGUGCGUGUGCUGUACCUGCCCGAGAAAACCAUGGCCCUCGUCCAGCCCAUGAACCAGGGCAUUGUUGCCACCUUCAAGGCCUUCUACCCACGGACGGUCUUCCGCCUGUUGGCGUUGCGGGUGGGAGGCAGGGACCAGCAGUCGGUGGUCCUUGACUUCUGGCGAGACUACAGCAUUCUUGACACCUCCUACAACAUCUCUGAGUCCUGGGAGGAGGUCCCGCCAGCUACCCUGAAUGGGGGGUGGAGGAAGCUGUGGCGCGAGGGCAUCCAGCAGGAUGCCAACAGGCUGCAUGUAGCAACUCUGCCGCAGAUCCUGCAGGACAUCCUGGCACUGGCCCAUGGUGUGGGUUUUAGAGAGGUGACCGAGGCAGAUGUGGUGGAGCUGCUGCAGAGCCCCGGGCGGGCUCUCCAAUGAGGAGCUGAUGGGACUGGAGAGGGGCAUGCGACUGCAGAGGAGGCUGAGGAUGGCUCGCCCAGCUCAGCGCCAGACACCGGGCCAUGGCUUUGGCACACUGUGAUGCUGGCCUGCACAUCAUCAGGGGCGAUGACCCCAACCUGGAGUGCAGCCUCAGAGUCUGCUGGGCCAUAAACAACAUCGUCAGCUGCUCUCGGGAGGCUUUCAAGGACAAGAGAGGCCCCAAGUAGUGGUGCUGGUGCUGGCGGCAGGGGCUUGGGAGCUCCAGGCACACAGGACUCUGUCAGGGGGAGGGCUUCCUCAUGACUCCCUUUGUUCAUGUUGAAGUUGCAGUGGCCUGAAUUUUUCCAUUUCAUUAUGUUAAUUCCCCACAUGAUUUUUAUCAGCAAAUAAUUUCUUAUCCCAAGUGAACUUCUCAAAUACAUGGUUUUAAAAGCCGUGAUGAA